AUGAAGAUACCACCACUUUCACAGCAGCUUAUUGCUCGUCUGCUCAGUGAACUUAAUAGUUCUUCCAAAAAGGUGGUGUGGCAGGUUACAACCUCCCCAACUUCCCAUAGCCAUCUUGAGACAAAUUUGAUUUUCAAAAAUUUCGGUACCACUUGGAAAUUCUUAAACGAUGUAAAGGACUACUCCCACAAAUUGAAACAUCAUCCCACAAUUACCACAACUUACAACAAGGUCAACUUGGUUAUAACAACACAUGAUGUAGGGAACAGCUUGACUGACUUGGACUUCCAGCUAGCUGAAGCCAUUGCCUCCAGCUCCAAUUUGGAUGGGUUAAAGUGA